AUGAAGAUCUUAUUCAACAACCACAAGUUGCUGAAGUCCGUCUGGAGGAGCAGCAGGAAACUUGGUGGAUCGGUCCCCCAAGCAGCGAGGCUGUUUACGUCUCUCAAUCUUUCUGAGUUUGAAGCCAUCAAUCGAGGGGACAAAGAGGUGCCGAAGUACUUUAAUUUCGCAAGCGACGUGCUGGAUAAAUGGUCUAAAAUUGAAAAGGAUGGAGGGAGACCCUAUCACCCAGCUUUCUGGUGGAUUGAUGGAAAAGGAGGGGAAGUGAAAUGGAGCUUUGAAAAACUGGGCUUUGUCUCCAGGAAAGUGGCCAACGUACUCACAGGACCCUGUGGCCUACAGAGAGGAGAGAGGGUGAUCCUCAUUCUGCCGCGGAUCCCAGAGUGGUGGAUGCUAACCGUAGCAUGUAUUAGAACAGGGAUCAUCUUCAUCCCGGGGACCCCACAGCUGACAGCCAAAGAUAUCCAGUACAGGCUCCAGGUUUCCAAAGCUAAAGGCAUCAUCACGAAUGAUUCGCUGGCCCCUGUGGUGGAGACCGUCUCUUCGUCAUGUCCUUCUCUGCGAAGCAAGUUGUUGGUCUCCGAGGGCAGGCGAGAAGGAUGGCAACAUUUCAAGGAGCUGUUUGAGGCAGCUCCUUCCAGCCACAACUGUGUUCAAACCCGGAGCGAUGAUCCAAUGGUUAUAUACUUCACCAGUGGAACCACAGGUUCUCCAAAGAUGGCUGAACACUCUCAAGUCAGCUUAGCCUUGGGCUUGGCCCUGAUGGGAAGGUGUUGGCUGGAUUUCAAACCUUCAGGUGUCAUAUGGAACAUGUCGGAUACUGGUUGGGUGAAGGGGUCUUUGGGAUCUGUCUUCGGCCCUUGGCUUCGGGGGACCAGUGUCUUCAUACACAGCAUGCCAGAGUUUGACCCAAAGGAGCUUCUAAAAACACUUUCCAAGUAUCCAGUGACAAACUUGUGCACUGCUCCAACAGUCUACUGCAUGCUGGUGCAGCAGGACCUUAGCAGCUACACAUUCAAGAGCCUGUCCCAUUGUUUGACUGGAGGGGAACCAAUGAACCCGGAAGCGAUGUCCCAAUGGAAAAAACAGACCGGGUUGCAAAUCUACGAAGGCUACGGACAAACUGAAGUCGGGAUGAUAACAGGCAACGAAAAAGGGAAACCAGUUAAACUGGGCUCCAUGGGGACUGCAGCUCCACCUUACGACGUUCAGAUUGUAGAUGAAGAUGGCAAGAUUUUGCCCCACGGACAAGAAGGAGACAUUGCUAUCAGGAUAAAACCCAAGCGUCCCUUUAGCUUCUUCUCUCACUAUGUGGACAACCCAGAAAAAAACUCAGCAGUUGUCCGGGGAAACUUCUACAUCACUGGUGACCAAGGCUGGAUGGAUGAAGAUGGCUAUUUCUGGUUUAUUGGAAGGUCUGAUGAUGUCAUCAUUUCCUCAGGAUACCGCAUUGGGCCUUUUGAAGUAGAAAGUGCUUUGAUUGAACAUCCAGCAGUGGUUGAAUCAGCUGUUGUCAGCAGUCCGCAUAUUGUCCGGGGGGAGGUGGUAAAAGCAUUUGUGGUUUUGUCUCCCGAGUUCGCAUCGCACGACCCAGAGAAAUUAACUCGGGAGCUGCAAGACCACGUCAAGAAAGCGACAGCUCCAUACAAGUAUCCCAGAAAGGUGGAAUUUGUACAAGAGCUGCCCAAGACGAUCAGUGGCAAAAUCCGAAGGAACGAACUACGAAAACGGGAAUGGGGACAAAUUUAAUUCCACGUCAUCCCAUCAUUAUUUGCAGAAGGAUCAGAUGACAGAUUUCUGUGCGUCCAGUUGCAUUUGCAAAGCUUGAAAGCCGAGCAGCUCCCUGGGCCCAGUGAAGUAUGCAACUUCUGAAAAGUGUUCCCCUACCAGUAAAAAUAAAUUGGUUUGAGGGAGCCUCACUUUCUGAACAGGGAUAUUCUGGUGGAGUGAAUCAUGUUUUUGCCCUUUUUUUUUUAGCCAAUAUUGCAUUCAGGGACACUCCUGCGUUUUAAUUUUUUUUUCUUAAUUUCUGUAAAUUUCUGGGUUUUCUGACAAGUAUCAAUAUUGUUUCUUUUGUUGCUAAUUUGUUUAAAAAAAUUUCCAAUGUUAUGUUUGUUUAAAACUUCCUUUUAUUCCUUUUUGACUUGGCAACUGCAGUUGUUUUGUGUUACUGGCCAAGCUGCAAAUCACUUUCUUUCCACUUUUUUAACGUCUUUCAUUUUAUUGAGGGAGCCAGACCAAUAAAAGAUGCAAUGCAAUCUUUUAAAAUGCAGAACCGCCAAAAUUCUGAAUUUUGUUAGAAUUUUGUGACAGCCUCUUGCAAAUGCUUUUAAAGUCGUGCUGGCAUUAAGUCAUUAAACAGGAUUAUUUUAUGUGUCAAUGAAUUUCUUAAUCCAAGGUAGGCUGCUGGUUCACCUUCCUAUGUCUUAAUUAAUCAAUUGAUAUUAGCUCUCAAAUGGUACAUGCGCAAAGUUUCUACAUUCAAAAUUGAAAAUUGAACUCUUUGAAUUACUUUGGAUCGCAAUGUUGAGAUCACAAACGUCCCCAAUCAAAGCUGUCUAUUGGGCCAUCACAACAGUUGUCUCAAACUUGAGGUUUGAAACUCUAUAGAGCAUUUUUCAAAUGUGGUAACUUUUCCGAUUUAUAGACUUAAAACUCCCAGAAUUCCUCAACCAGCCAGGUUGGCUGGGAAAUUCUGGAUGUCAAAGUCGGCAUGUCUUAAAGCAUGCCAGCUGGAGAAUUCUGAGAGUUGAGGUCCAUAUAUCUUAAAAGUUGCCAAGUUUGAAAAACACGACUCUAGAUUCUCCUAUCCCGUGUGUGUGUGUAUGUGUGUGAGAGGGAGGGGGGAGGGGGGGAGGGAGAUGACAGGAGAAAGAGAUAGGUAUAAAUAGACAAUAGAUAUAUAUAGAUGAUGAUAGAAGAUACAUAGAU